CCAUUCGGUAGUUGAUUAAUAAGCGCUUCUCCACGCUGUCAGUGUAUUGUACUGUGUCAGUGGAAUGGAGGAGGCAGGUAAAUAAAGGAGCGAACAACACACGACGGCGGAUUACCACUGAUGUUUUCCGUGAGAGAUGGCAGUCUGACAGCGAUUACUUUUUGAUUGUGAAAGCAGUUGAAGCGGACGUACCGGAGAGGAGGGACAACCAGCGGGAUUCGGUCGGCGGUGAGUUUUUUUAGUCGGCCUCAUUGGGUUAGCUUCAUCUUUGUGUUGCCAUGGCGAUGCGGGAGUUGGUGGAGGCAGAAUGCGGCGGCGCCAAUCCCCUCAUGAAGUUGACCGGUCACAUAACCAACGAGGCCGGGGCAUGGCGGCACCGCUCUACACCCACAAUUCCCCCAACUCCCAUUGAAAUUGCAACUGAGGAAGACCUGGUCAAUGAGUUUCUCCAGGCACCCCCACGCCCCCCGCAGACAUUCGACAUGGGUCAGCUGUUGGAGGAGAUGCAGCAGAUCGACCAGCAAAGCUACAGACAAGCUCCACAGAGAGGUACCUCUGUUACCCAGCUCUUUAAUCAUCAACUUAUCCUCACAGAUGUCUCCAAUGCAAUAUUUUCCCCUCAUGCCCCAGCUCCGGAUGUGGCAGCCUUGGCUCUCUCAGGUGACUGGGCAGCAGAGUUUGUCUCAGGCUCAGAGUCUGCAUCAACGCCGGGCCUCAUCGCACUUGGUGACGCCGCGGAUGCCGACUGGACGAAAGAAUUCAUUGCUGAGGCUGCAGAUCCUGGACGCUGGGCUGAGGAAUAUUUGGAGCAGUCAGAGGAGAAGCUGUGGCUGGGAGACUUUGGAGACAAGGAGAAUGAGUGGACAAAGGAAUACCAGCCAGCAGAGGAGCUGAGGCAGACAGCCAAUGAGCUUGUGGCAAAAGUCGACGACCCCAAGUUACAAAACACAGAGUUCCUGCGGUUCAUUAGGCAAAUUGGCGAGGGCAGUGUGACAGUGGAGAGCAGAACAGACAAACAGCUCACAGAUAAAGCUCAGGCCACAGAGGCUCACAACUGGGCUUCCAGCCUCAACCAGUUCCUGACAGAAACAGGGGGAGGAAGUCUUCCCUUGGAAUCCACAGAGAGGAAGGAGACGAUUGAGAAAGCUAAAGCUAAGCAGGCACAGCAGUGGGCCAAGGUCAUCAGGCAGGUGUCGGAGGAGUCAGCCGAAGCUUGGGUGGAUGAGUUCACCACAUCGGGACCGGAUUUCCACCAAGCCAAAGCCGCAGUGGAGAGUGAUGUGGAUUUUUGGGAGAAGCUGCAGCAGGAGUGGGAGGAGAUGGCCAAGCGGGAUGCAGAGAGUCAUCCAUGGCUGACGGACUUUGAUCAGCUACUCAGUUCGUCUUAUGACAAGGGCUAUCAGUUUGAAGAAGACAACCCUUACUUGACUCACCAGGACCCUUUGACGGAGGGAGUGAAGAGAAUGGAGGCUGGGGACAUCCCUGGCGCCGUGCGCUUCUUUGAAAGCGCAGUGCAGAAAGAAGCAGAAAACCAGCUGGCUUGGCAGUAUCUGGGCACUUGUCAAGCAGAAAAUGAACAAGAAUUUGCUGCCAUCAGCGCCCUCCGCAGGUGUUUGGAGCUGAAGAAUGACAACCUGACCGCUCUGAUGGCGCUGGCCGUCAGCUUCACCAAUGAAUCGCUGCACAGGCAAGCCUGCGAGACUCUUCGCGAUUGGCUGAAGCACAACCCAAAAUACCGCACCGUGUGGGAGGAGUACGAGCUGGAGAGCCAGAGGGAAGCUUCCAGAGAAAGGGGCAAAGAGCAGGAGCGGUUUGGCUCCCUGCUGCCUGAAUCUUUGUUUACAGGCGUGCAGACUUUAUUCCUCCGCGCAGCUAACACAGACCCCGCUCAGGUGGACCCUCAGCUGCAGUGUGGUCUUGGAGUUCUCUUCAACCUCAGCGGAGAGUAUGAUAAAGCGGUGGACUGUUUCAGUGCAGCUCUUUCUGCCACGCCACAGGACUACUUGCUGUGGAACAAGCUGGGCGCAACACUAGCUAACAGCAGCCGCUCAGAGGAAGCGGUGGCCGCCUACAGGAGAGCCCUGGAGUUGCAGCCAGGUUUUGUACGCAGUCGCUACAACUUGGGAAUCAGUUGUGUCAAUUUAGGAGCACACAGGGAGGCAGUGGAGCACUUCCUGGAAGCCCUGUCUCUCCAGCGGCAGGCCGCCGGUGACGAAGCGAGGGCCGUGCGAGGCCCUGGAGGCACCGCGGCCACGGUGAUGUCUGACAACAUCUGGUCCACCCUGCGCAUGGCUCUCAGCAUGAUGGGGGAGAGCUCGCUGUACUCAGCUGCUGACCGCCGGGAUUUGGACACGUUGCUGGCUCACUUUUGCCAGAGGGAAGUGGAGGGAGGGCAUGAAUGAAGGUCUGUCCAGGGAGAGUUAAUUGAGUGUGAAUGUUCUCUGCAUGGAGGCAAAUGUUUGAAUGAAUGAAAGGGACAAUAACAGGAGGAAAAUACUGUGAAUCAUCCUCCAUCCGGUGCACUUCUAGGACAAACGCAGUAAUAGUGUGUGAAAGUAGCAGCCAAUGGGAAUAAAUUUUCUUUAUUUCGCAUAAAUGACGCAUCCCUGUUUCGUCUUACAAUGCAAGACAUAUGUAGAUCUUUAAACUCCCAUCAUGUACAAUAGAUUUAUGGUAAGUACUUGCUAAUGCAAUGAUUAUAUCAAUAUAAUCAGCAGUGCUAGUUUCCUUUUUGUAAUAUCAACAUUAUUAAUUUUUGGUAAUUAACCUGGACAAUGAACUGACAACCAGUGUGACUGUUACUCGUAAGUUUGUGUGCACCAGAAUAAGCAGGGACAUUGAACGAUAACAUCAUGUGUCAUCGGAUUGGUUGCUCUGGGCUCCUCCCUCUCUUUUUCAAAUCUCUUGUUAAAAAAAAAAAUUCAUCCAUUGUAAUUUAACCAUAAUGUGCAUUGUAAUUGUUGCACUAUAGUUGUUGUCAGACAGAGUUAUGAUCUGACUGCAAUGUUUAAUAUAAUAAUCAGCAAUAAAGC